AUGAAAGGGUAUAUCUUGCCUCGUUCUAAGAUGGUGAAUGCGGAUCUCGGCAGGAUUAUCAAUUCGGAUGAGGUGCAGUCCGUGGUAAAGCCGAUCAAGAAGGAGAACAAGAGGGCACCAUUGAAGAAGAAUCCUCUCAAGAACUUGAAUGCCAUGUUGAAGCUGAACCCAUACGCAAAGACUGCUAAGAGGAUGGCUAUUUUGGCCGAGGCACAACGUGUUAAGUCUAAGAAGGAGAAGCUUGACAAUAAGAGGAAACCCAUUUCUAAGGUAUAUCAAUUCUUCUUUGAUUUAGUAUUGGUCGUUAUUGGGUUUCGGAAUGAUGAUAAUUGCAAUUUUCUAUUCCAUGGACAUGUCAUUGGAAUUAUAUGUUCUACCUGA